UACUACUAGUACUACUAGUAGUAGACGAUCGAGGCGACGCAAACAAAUCUUCACGCACACGUGGCUGCCGGAAUGGCGACUGGUCUACAGGUGGGGUGGAUUCGAUAGCGGAACGUGAUGAUAAUGAUACAGGGGUAGCUGUGGUUCUUUGAUGCGUGGGGGUACGACGGCGGCGGGGGUCGAUAUGCGAUGCCGUUUUCGGUCGGUCACAAGCGGGGCUCAAGCUUGUGGGACUGGGGGCUCCAUGUGUUUUGGCGUGGUCGUCGACUUGGGCGGCUACGACAGCGUUUGGCGUGGCCUGGUUUUGAGGGUUGUUUUUACUCGUGGCCUCCACGUCAUUCUCCGAGGAUACCACCACGAUACUGUGGUUGUUAUAGUUGGUUGGCUCUUUCACCACGUUUGCAUGUCGUGGUGUGUUGCUGGAAUCGACAGUAGUAGUACGUGGUGGCAUGUUGUGAAUCCAAGCGCCUUGGCUGGCAAACUCGUCUUCUACCGCCACUCUCUCAACAUGUCCAUCGUCGUCCGACAGGCCGCCACCGCCGCUCCAUUCCGACAUGUCCACCGACGAUGCCGAUCUCGAUGCCGCCGUCUGCUUCACAUCCGAACCAACUGCUGAUUCCAACGGCAUUUGCUUGUGGUGUCGUCCUCGGCGCCCUUGUUUGCGGAGUUUCUUCUUGAGAGCGUCCAGCUUUUGCUGGCGAUGC